GUCUCAGACUCAAUAAACAUGUGACACCACAGAGCCGAUGCAGAGAAAAGCCAAACAGCCCAGAAAGAAACAGACAGGAAAAGAUUUAUCUAGGUAUCAACAUGGACCUCUCUGCUCUUUAUGGUUCUUUUUUAGGCCAGAUAAAUGUGGGUUUAGCAGGAUCCAUACACAGUCUUUGACAUGGUGUUUACUGUCUAAUGGUAGCUGCUUGAUAUAGGAAGUGUUAAAAUGAACAGACAAGAAGUCUACAACAAUGCACUUGAAUAGUUUUGUAAAUUAAUAAUGAGGUAAAUAAAAAAUGUAUUUUUUAUUAUUUACCAGUAAUAAUGUGGAGUAAAGUAACUUUACAUUUAAAAUCAGUCGUUUGUUUAGAGAAUUCAACAGAAUAUCUGGAGAUAAUUUACACUUCCACUGAUAAUUGAUUAACUAGUCGGGGAGCUGCUCAUUACAUGACACAGAAGAAGUGGUGAAUAUAAAAGCAGAGAAAACUUGAACACAAAGGGAUUUAAGGUACAUAUGGUCCAGACGGAGCAUUUGGAUAUGUUGGAUAAAAAAUGUGUCAAAAAAGACAAGUACGUGGAGGUGGAGGAGAGAGGACACUGGGGGAAGAAGGUGGAGUUUCUACUGGCUGUGGCGGGUAAUGUUGUCGGACUAGGCAAUGUUUGGAGGUUUCCCUACCUAUGCUACAAAAAUGGAGGGGGUGCAUUCCUGGUGCCAUAUCUGGUAUUUGUGGUGACCUGUGGUGUACCUCUGUUCCUGCUGGAGACGACCAUGGGUCAGUACACCCAGGAGGGAGGCAUCACCUGCUGGAGGAAGCUUUGCCCUCUAGCAGAAGGUAUUGGCUAUGGUGGGCAGCUGAUUCUCUUAUACAGCUGUAUGACCUACAUCAUUAUUCUGUCCUGGGCUUUGCUCUUCCUGGUGUUCUCCUUCAGCUCCCAGCUGCCCUGGGCCAGCUGCAACAACUAUUGGAACACAGAUGCCUGUGUAGACUUUUCAACACGUAAUAACACCUUUGAAUGGACCAACCAGACAAACACAACCUCUGCUGCAACAGAGUUCUGGGAAAGACGAGUGCUUGCCAUUUCAGGAGGGAUUGAGGAGAUAGGCAGCAUCAGGUGGGAGGUGCUGGUGUGCCUAAUUGUAAUGUGGAUCACUUGUUACUUUUGUAUCUGGAAAGGGGUCAAGUCCACCGGAAAGGUGGUAUAUUUUACUGCUACAUUCCCUUAUGCCAUGUUGUUGAUCCUUUUGAUCCGUGGGCUCUCUCUUCCCGGGGCUCUACAAGGGGUCUUAUUUUAUCUCCUGCCUGAACCCUCACGGCUCACAGACCCUCAGGUUUGGAUGGAGGCUGGAGCUCAGAUUUUCUUUUCAUAUAGCGUGGGUGUGGGCUCCUUAACUGUCCUGGGCAGCUACAACCCCUACAAAAACAACUGCUAUAAAGACUGUCUGUGGCUGUGUUUACUGAACAGUGUAACCAGUGUAGUAGCAGGGUUUGCAGUCUUCUCCGUGCUGGGAUUCAUGGCUCACGAGCAGGGUGUUCCAAUCAGUGAAGUGGCCGAGUCAGGUCCAGGCUUGGCAUUCAUUGCAUACCCUCAGGCUGUAGCCAUGAUGCCUCUGCCCCAAUUGUGGUCCGUAUGUUUCUUUGUCAUGUUCAUUCUAUUGGGCCUCGACACACAAUUUGUUGUCAUGGAGGUGGUGAUGACAUCCAUCAUAGACAUGUUUCCCACUGUAAUGCGCAGGGCAGGCAGACGAGAGCUUUUCCUUCUCUUCUUCUGCCUCAUAUGUUUCUUCUCUCAGCUUGUCAUGAUUACUGAGGGAGGGAUGUAUGUGUUCCAGAUAUUUGACUACUAUGCCUGUAACGGAGCCUGCAUCCUCUUUCUCUGUGUGUUUGAAACCCUGGCACUGGGAUGGAUAUUUGGAGCUGAGCAGAUGUACAGGAUCAUAAAGGACAUGACCGGGGUGCAUGCCAAUCCAUUCUUUAAAGUCUGCUGGCUUUACCUCACACCUCUGGUCUCUUUGGGCUCUUUUAUAGCUUCAUUAGUUUGGCACCAGCCUUUGACGUUCAAUCGCUGGUACGUGUACCCCACCUGGGCCUACGUGUUUGGCUGGAUAACGGCCCUCUCCUCCAUUCUUCUUGUGCCCGGAUGGGCGCUUUAUAAACUGUUAACUGGGACUGGAAACCUCUAUCAGCGCCUCCUUUAUUUGUGCCGACCUCUACCAGACUACUCACUGAGCGAAGAGGGAAGCUGAGCUUCAGCACAUCGGAGGAGAAGGAACAGUUCUUCAUCCUGAGAUUUUUUAAACUGCUCUUUUGUCUCCAUUAACUUAGAGACUCAGCUCUGAGCAGACUGAUUGAGAAAUUACUUUUUUUUUUUUUAAGUCUAAAACCCAAGGAUAUAUCCUCUGUUUGAUUGAAGUACUGGUUUAUAAUGGACAGUGUUCUUGUAAUGAAUCAUCACAGGUGUGAUGUCACAGGGUGUGAUGAUUAAAAAAGAUCAAACUGUGACAUAAAAACUUACACAUCCAUAAGUUUUAGUUUUUUAAGUUGAUACUCUUUUUAGACACAUUUUAAUUACUCUCAGAUGACUAAUUUAAAACUAAGUAUUUCUUAUCAAUUAGCUGGACAUUUACACUUGUUAACUUAAAAUAGUUAGAUGAAAAAUGCUGUUGAAAUUUCAAAUGUUUCCCUUAUUAUACAGUGAAAAAACACUAAGAGCAUCUGGAACUUGUGCAUGGUUAAAUGUUACAGCAUGUCCAUGUCAAAUAAACAAACAAAUACACUCAGAAAAAUAUCACAAUGAACUUAAACCGAAGCCCA